CAAGAUUCGUUACACGGCGCGCUCGUGCAUCAGCUGUGUGCGUUUGAUAAUUAUGUAGGCUGCUAUGCAUGCCUAUGCUACAUACUGCAUUACUAUUGCAUGUGUACUGGCCUAAAGAGACUAACUUUUUCUGCACCUUGGUCGCCAUUGUUUACAUUCUUAUCACAAGACCUCAAAUUUGUACCUGAUCCAUGUGCCUGUGAUGUUAACUUGUUUAAACUGACAUUUGGCAUAUGCUGUAAUCAAAAGAGUAAAGAGAUGUUCUCGUCAAAGAAGUGCCUGGUCCUAAUUACGUUGGUUUGUGGACUUGGUUUAGUCCUAUCCUGUCAACCUCCGGAUUGUGAUAGACCAGACUGCGGCACUUGUGGAAAUGCAUGCUGCACACUAGAGCUCCUUUUCACUGCUCCCAGUGAAAAGGUGUUCAAUGCCUAUGUUGAUGGACUGAAAAGAGGUGGUGAUGAUAGCCGCUACACAUUCAUAGGUUCGGAUGACCUCAGGAAGUACAAGGUCGCGGCAGACUUCAUUCUCCAGGGCUGGCACCACACCAAAGAGCAUCAUUACAAUGACACUCUAAACUUUACCUUCUCUACAACGGAUUCAUCCUGCCUUGUGAAGGCGUUCUCUGUCUCGCAGAUAGCUGGUGCUUACUGUGAUGCUGGGCAGAACUAUAAGAACCUGAUCGGAUUAACAAAGAAUUUGUCCAUGUCCUUCACUGAGCAUGUGGUCAGUGGUUGUCCACCAUCUAACCCAAUCUUCAACUUACUGGAAUGACCUUCAAGAGACCAGAGAAACCUUGAACUGACUGGCACAGAUGGAUGUCCAUAUACUAACUUCAAAGAAUCAAAGCUAAUCGUGAGCGGCCAUGUUAAUCACUUUUUGAGAGAUAACAAUUAAAUAUGAUCCUGGAUUAUUUCUCUUGCUGUAUAUUGGUUGUAUUCAUGAACCAGCAAAUAUCUAACAAAAAUCAAGUUAACUUACAAAUACUAGAAAUCAAUAUUGAAAACCACGAUUACCAUUUUCACAUACCGUAUAGGUAUCAAUGUUGCAAGGAUGUUAUUUUGGACUGCUCCCUUGAUUUCCUUCUGUUUUUCACUCAUGGUGCAUUUCUACCAAUUUCUAUGUGCACAGGUAAUUUCAUUGUAGUCUUGAACAUGUAAUGUUACUUAACUAUGCAUAUAAACUCAAAGUCGCACAAAUCAAAUUUCCCUAGUUCAAAUCAAACUAUGCAAAUCACAUGUUUUUUUACAUUUCCUAAUUAUAACAUUAUAAGUCGAAGUAUCUUUUUGCAAUCGCAACAUAUUUUACAUACAGGUAUUCUGAGUUAAAUGUAGUUUGAUUUGAUUCUCUAAAAAAUUAUUUUCCAUCAUUGCAGAAGAACUCAAAAGAUUAUCUCAUAUAUUCCUGCUUAAGGAUAAAGAAAGCAUCCAAUUCUGGUAUUCUCAGGAAUAACUUUGCCCAAACAAGAAAUUGAAUUAAAAUGUAGAUUUAUAUUUAGUACCAUGGCAACUUUCCCAGGCUCUAUCCCCGGUACACCAAAGACCAAUACUAUAGUCUUGUGCUGAUAGAGUAUUUCAAUAUGUUAGUUUAGCUUAAAUUGAAAGAAUAUGUGGUCAGUUGAUUGAAAGCAGUAUUUCUAAUUAUCAUGACUUAAAAAUUACCGGUACUGCAAAUGUUAGUGAGUUGUAUAUUUUGUGUAGUUCCUGAUUACUUUGAAUAAUUCAGGAAUUAAAAUAGUAAUAACUGUCUUUCAUGCAAAAUCAGUACUUUGAUGAUCAUCAUUUAUGUCAAUUAGUAAAUACCGGUAAUGCAUAUUUUCUAAAAUUUGAAGAUUUGUUUGACUCUUCUUAUUUAGAAGUCCAUAUUUUCAGUUCACAGAUGUAGUUUUGCAAAUACAUGUAACAUGCAGUGAACAGGGCUCCUUUGAUACAGAAAUUUAUAAUUAUUCAGAAUUUUGGAGAAUGUAAACUCAAAGUGAUUUAAAUAAUAGUGUGUGAUCUUUUUCAGAGCAAUUAUGUUUAUAAACAUAUUAAAAUUUAAUAAAAUUCCAUGAAUCAAA